AAAUUUCGGUGAAUAUUUAUUUGUGCGUAUUCUCUGAAUUUAGGGUCUCUCACUCAACGCAGAAUCCCAGCCUCUUACUAUAACAACCCUCACACUCGCUCUACUCCGCCUCUCUUCCCCUCUUCUCGAACUAUAAAAACACCCUUCAUAAUGGCGUUGCCGAAUCAGCAAACCGUUGAUUACCCGAGUUUCAAGCUUGUAAUUGUCGGCGAUGGUGGAACUGGAAAAACCACCUUCGUGAAGAGACAUUUAACUGGAGAAUUCGAGAAGAAAUAUGAACCAACCAUUGGUGUUGAAGUUCACCCCUUGGAUUUCUUCACUAACUGUGGAAAGAUUCGAUUUUACUGCUGGGACACAGCCGGACAGGAGAAAUUUGGUGGUCUUCGUGAUGGUUAUUACAUUCAUGGUCAAUGUGCCAUCAUCAUGUUUGAUGUAACUGCAAGGUUGACUUACAAGAAUGUUCCCACAUGGCAUCGUGAUCUUUGCCGUGUUUGCGAGAACAUCCCAAUUGUGCUAUGUGGAAACAAAGUUGAUGUGAAGAAUCGACAAGUGAAAGCAAAACAAGUUACUUUCCACAGAAAGAAGAACUUGCAGUAUUAUGAAAUCUCAGCCAAGAGUAAUUACAACUUUGAGAAGCCUUUCCUUUAUCUUGCCAGGAAACUUGCUGGCGACCCCAACUUGCAUUUUGUUGAGUCUCCUGCUCUAGCUCCACCAGAGGUGCAAAUUGACAUUGCUGCUCAACAACAGCAUGAGGCAGAGCUUGCUGCAGCUGCAAGCCAGCCACUUCCAGAUGAUGAUGAUGAUGCUUUUGAAUAGAGAAGAGAGUCUAUAAAAUUCGAAUGCUUUUGUUGAAUUUGAAAAGGGUUUUGUGUUGUGGAUUUUUGGAUUAUUGAGUAUUAUGAUAUGAUGAUAUGAUGAUGUCUGAAUGGUUUAAAAAACUUUUGGUAGGAGAUGAUUUGUUUGCGAGAAAAACAUGAAUAUUUUCUGUUGUGAAGCAAUGUGCGGGUGUUGUUUUUAUCAGCUCCCAAUUACUUCAAAAUGUGUGGUUUUGUUUGA